UUUGAGUCCAGCAACAACAACUCCCUUUGGCCGCUCUCCAAUUUUCCAACAAGAACACAGCAAUUUCAUCACCAGCAGCCUCCUCCUCCACCGCCCUCCUCCUCCUCCUUCAAUGGUUAAUCUGUCAACAGCAAAUUCAUCAUCUGUACUAAAUUUGCAGAUAGAGCCCCCUUCAAACCAAAGCUAUUACAGCAACUGUACUCCUAUGUGGCCGGAUGAAGAAAAGAUGGUUGGCAUGAAGAGGCCAUAUCCAUUUUCUCUAGAGAAUCCACCAAUCCCCUCCAUCAAGUUACCUACAUUUGUUGCUCCUCCUAUAAGAGCCGAUGAAGCAACUUCAUGUGGGAACAGAUCCGCCUUUAAUUUUGAUCCAGCAAUCAAAACAAAUUUCAGAGAAGGGCCUUCAUGCUCAACUUCAAUUUCUGAGUCGAAUUCAAGAAGCAGCAUCAAAGAAAAUGGGAGUGUCAAUGGAGAUUUUCUCACCCUAGCCCCUCCUUCAACUAGUUGGACAUGUCCCAGCCCAAAGCUCAACCUCCCUCCAUCUUAUCUUGCGUUUCAUAACCGUGAAAUUCCGGAUUUUGAAUCAUUUCACUAUCAAGGGAAUAAUGCAGAUGACACAAUUUACCAGCCAGGACCAAGUGUUCCAAAUCCACAACAAGCUUUCUACAGCUUCUUCCCACUAGCAAAGGCACAAAAUGGUAGGGCAGCGACCACUCUAAACAACAAUUGCAAUGGUGAAGUAGGAGAAAGUGUUGAUCUCAAUUUGAAGUUAUAAAAUCCGAUUUAUUUAUUAAUUAGGCCAUUUCUUGUGGAUCUUGUUUUCUAUGUAAACCAAAUUAUAAUUUUUUUUUUUUUCAUAAUUUAAAUUUAUACUUAGAUGGGUCUUUUAUUUGCAUAUGUAAGCUUGAGCCUUGUGAAGGGUGAAGAGUUUGGAAAGGAAAAAUGGACAUGGAGAUGCAGAUUUGUCUGUAUGAGUGGUUACAAUUGUAUUCUUAUGAAGUCAAAAGUGCUUGUGUGCCUUGGGAUUUUGGGAUCUUUUGAGUUAUGUUUUGAGUUUGUUUUUUGGUUGGUGGAUGACCGAGGCACUGCAGUUGCUAACAAACUUUUGCAUGUGGAUUGUG